UGUCACAUUUUGAAUAACUCCAGUUUGCAGGCUGAACAAGCUACGUACAGUUUUCUCUCAGAUUAACUGAUUAAGCAAUCUGUUUCCCAAAGCCCCCAUGGAUCUGUUGUACGCCCAAGUGUCCGGCCGGCCCUAUAAAUACACAAGAGCUAAGCUUUUGACUUUGGCGAGGGAUCGAGAUCGAGCUGGCUUAUAGUUAGCUGAUGGCAGCAGCAGCUGCAGCGACCACAGGCCCGGCGCCGGCGCCCACGGCGAGCACCGCCAGCAAGGUGGGCGCCAUGGCGGACACGACGUUCGGGAGCAUCGGCGACGUGCUGAAGCUGCUGCCGACGUCGACGGUGAUCGUGUACGAGGUGCUGAACCCGAUCGUGACCAACGCCGGCGCGUGCGGCGUGGGGAACAGGGCGGCCACCGCCGUGCUCCUCGCGCUCUGCGCCGCGUCCUGUGCCUUCUCGGCCUUCACCGACAGCUACGCCGGCGCCGACGGGAAGCCCCGGUACGGCCUCGUCACGGCCAGGGGCCUCCUGCCGUUUGCCGCUGGCGGAGGAGACGACGGUACUGGGAGGGACUUCUCCAGGUACCGGCUGCGGCUGGCGGACUUCGCGCACGCGGCCUUCUCCGUGGUCGUGUUCGCGGCGGUGGCGCUGCUGGCCGACGCCAACACGGUGGCGUGCUUCUACCCGGCGCUCAGGGCGCAGCAGAAGCAGCUGGUCAUGGCGCUGCCCGUCGUCAUCGGCGCCCUCGCCAGUGGCUUCUUUGUCGUGUUCCCCUCCAGGCGCCACGGGAUCGGGUACCCGCCGGCCAAGCCUGCCGCGAUCUCGUUGGCGUCGCAGACUAGCUAGCUAGCUUGUCCGGUGACCUCGGACCGCUGUUGGGCUUCAAUUCGUGUACAUGUUUGUGCUUUGUACAUACGCCUCGUGGACGUACGUGUGAUCUUAUAAUUGCCGGUUUUCGGAGUGCAUAUGUGAUCUGUUGAUCGAUUUUUUCAACAUAUUUUGUUGUGGCCAAGGGGGACAAGAGCCAAACGUUA